AUGGCGGCGGCUUCGAAUGGGAGCGAGUAUUUCGAAUUCGACGUCGAGACUGGUAGAGAAUCGUUCGCGCGGCCGUCGAACGCUGAUACUGUUGAGCAAGAUGAAGAGGAUCUACGGUGGGCGGCGAUCGGGAGGUUACCGUCGCAGAGACAUGGUGGUAGUAAUCUCGGUACGACGAUCCUACGUCGGUCUCAGACGCAGAGUCAGACGACUUCUGGUUACGCCGACGGGAACGUUGUUCAGACGAUUGAUGUGAAGAAACUAGAUCGUGCGGAUCGUGAGAUGCUUGUUCGUCAAGCUCUUGCGACUAGUGAUCAAGAUAAUUACAAGCUCCUCUCUGCUAUUAAAGAACGGCUUGAUCGAGCUGGUAUGGAGGUUCCAAAAAUCGAAGUCCGGUUCGAGAAUUUGAAUAUUGAAGCUGAUGUUCAAGCUGGUAUUAGAGCUUUGCCUACUUUGGUUAAUGUCUCUCGUGAUUUCGUUGAGCGUUGCUUAAGCAGUUUGAUGAUUAUUAAGCCUAAGAAACACAAGCUGAAUAUUUUGAAAGAUAUUAGUGGGAUUAUUAAACCAGGAAGGAUGACUUUAUUACUAGGACCACCAGGUUCGGGGAAGUCGACGUUGCUACUUGCUCUAGCAGGGAAACUUGAUAAGAGUUUAAAGAAAACGGGUAACAUUACCUACAAUGGGGAGAAUCUUGAUGAGUUCCAUGUUAAAAGGACUUCAGCUUAUAUCAGUCAAACAGAUAACCACAUUGCUGAACUUACUGUUCGUGAAACGCUUGAUUUUGCUGCGAGAUGUCAGGGUGCAAAUGAAGGAUUUGCAGGUUACAUGAAGGAUCUAACCCGAUUAGAGAAAGAGAGGGGCAUACGUCCUUCUUCUGAGAUUGACGCUUUUAUGAAGAAAACGGGUAACAUUACCUACAAUGGGGAGAAUCUUGAUGAGUUCCAUGUUAAAAGGACUUCAGCUUAUAUCAGUCAAACAGAUAACCACAUUGCUGAACUUACUGUUCGUGAAACGCUUGAUUUUGCUGCGAGAUGUCAGGGUGCAAAUGAAGGAUUUGCAGGUUACAUGAAGGAUCUAACCCGAUUAGAGAAAGAGAGGGGCAUACGUCCUUCUUCUGAGAUUGACGCUUUUAUGAAGGCUGCUUCUGUCAAGGGUGAAAAGCAUAGUGUUUCCACAGAUUAUGUGCUUAGAGUGCUUGGUCUUGAUGUAUGUUCUGAUACAAUCGUUGGUAAUGAUAUGAUGAGAGGUGUUUCAGGAGGUCAAAGGAAAAGAGUAACAACAGGAGAGAUGACUGUUGGACCAAGAAAAACGUUGUUCAUGGAUGAAAUAUCUACUGGCCUUGAUAGCUCAACAACUUUUCAGAUUGUGAAAUGCAUCAGAAACUUUGUCCACCUAAUGGAUGCAACUGUUCUCAUGGCACUUCUUCAGCCUGCACCAGAAACAUUUGAUCUUUUUGAUGACUUAAUUCUUCUAUCAGAAGGUUACAUGGUGUAUCAAGGCCCUCGACAAGAUGUGGUGGGAUUUUUUGAGUCUCUAGGAUUCCGUCUCCCACCACGUAAAGGUGUUGCCGAUUUUCUCCAAGAGGUGACUUCCAAAAAGGAUCAAGCUCAAUACUGGGCAGAUCCUUCGAAACCAUAUCAGUUCAUUCCUGUCUCAGACAUAGCGGCUGCGUUCCGAAACUCACAAUAUGGGCAUGCUGCGGAUUCCAAGCUGGCCACACCAUUUGAUAAGUCAUCAGCGGAUCCUUCAGCUUUGUGCAGAACAAAAUUUGCCAUAUCAGGAUGGGAAAACCUUAAAGCUUGCUUUGAACGAGAAAUACUAUUGAUCAACCGGCACAGGUUUCUUUACACUUUUAGGACAUGCCAGGUUGCAUUUGUGGGAUUUGUCACAGCCACGGUGUUUUUGAGAACAAGAUUACACCCAACAAACGAACAAUUUGGCAACGAGUACCUAUCUUGCCUUUUCUUCGGACUAGUGCACAUGAUGUUUAAUGGUUUCUCUGAACUGCCUCUCAUGAUAUCGCGUCUCCCGGUUUUCUACAAGCAAAGGGAUAACUCGUUUCAUCCUGCUUGGUCAUGGUCUAUAGCCAGCUGGCUGUUGCGUGUGCCUUACUCUAUCCUUGAAGCUGUUGUCUGGACUUGUGUGGUAUACUACAGUGUGGGACUUGCUCCUUCACCAGGCAGGUUUUUCCGAUACAUGUUACUCCUCUUCUCGGUGCAUCAAAUGGCUCUCGGUCUAUUUCGUAUGAUGGCUUCUCUAGCAAGGGAUAUGGUCAUUGCCAAUACAUUCGGAUCCGCAGCAAUCUUAAUAGUGUUCUUGCUUGGUGGAUUCGUUAUUCCAAAAGCUGAUAUCAAACCCUGGUGGGUUUGGGGUUUUUGGGUUUCGCCACUAUCCUAUGGACAACGUGCCAUUGCGGUCAAUGAAUUCACAGCCACACGGUGGAUGACGCCGUCCGCUAUAUCGGAUACUUCCAUUGGAUUCAACCUUUUGAAGAUACGUAGCUUUCCCACAAAUGACAAUUGGUAUUGGGUUGGGAUUGCGGUUCUCAUUGGUUAUGCAGUUCUCUUCAACAACGUAGUCACUCUCGCCUUGGCUUAUCUUAACCCUCUAAGAAAAGCUCGAGCAGUUGUCUUAGACGAUCCCAAUGAAGAAACCAAAUAUGCUUUAAUGUCAGAUUCAAAUCAAGGAAAAAGUGAGAAAAAGGGAAUGAUCCUUCCCUUCCAACCAUUGACAAUGACUUUCCACAAUGUCAACUAUUAUGUUGAUAUGCCAAAGGAAAUGCGUUCUCAAGGUGUCCCAGAGACAAGACUACAGCUGUUAUCAAAUGUGAGCGGAGUCUUUUCACCUGGUGUUCUUACAGCUUUAGUUGGAUCAAGUGGUGCGGGGAAAACUACGUUGAUGGAUGUUCUUGCUGGUCGAAAGACAGGUGGAUAUAUAGAGGGAGAUAUUAGAAUCUCUGGUCAUCCAAAAGAACAACGAACGUUUGCUAGGAUCUCCGGGUAUGUUGAGCAGAACGAUAUACAUUCUCCUCAAGUCACUGUUGAAGAGUCACUAUGGUUUUCGGCUAGCCUUCGUCUUCCUAAAGAGAUAAGCAAAGAGAAAAAGAAGGAAUUUGUGGAAGAAGUAAUGAGACUUGUAGAGCUUGAUACUCUGAGAUACGCUUUAGUAGGGUUACCUGGUACAACAGGACUUUCUACAGAACAGAGGAAACGUCUAACAAUUGCGGUUGAGUUAGUAGCAAAUCCAUCAAUUAUUUUCAUGGAUGAACCAACAUCUGGACUUGAUGCAAGAGCAGCUGCAAUUGUGAUGAGAACUGUAAGGAACACUGUUGACACUGGAAGAACAGUGGUUUGCACCAUUCAUCAACCAAGCAUUGACAUUUUCGAGGCCUUUGACGAGCUGCUUCUAAUGAAACGCGGGGGACAAGUUAUAUAUGGUGGGAAAUUGGGUAAACACUCACAAGUUCUUGUAGAUUACUUUCAGGGGAUUAACGGAGUGCCUGCAAUAUCAAGUGGUUACAAUCCAGCAACUUGGAUGCUUGAAGUAACUACGCCUGCUUUGGAAGAGAAAUAUAACAUGGACUUUGCAGAUUUAUACAAGAAUUCUGACCAGUUUAGAGGAGUGGAGACAAACAUCAAGCAGCUCAGUGUUCCACCAGAAGAACCUCGUCUACUGGAGAAGUCCAGAGUACAAUCUCGUGAGAUUGGUCUUCACAACGAUUGCUGCGCUUAUACUCGGCACAGUCUUCUGGGACAUUGGUUCCAAGAGGACUUCCUCUCAGGAUUUAAUCACUGUAAUGGGGGCUCUCUACUCGGCUUGUCUAUUUCUUGGAGUUAG